CAUACACUCUACUCUGACUCAUUUGCUUGUUGCUAUCCUCCUCUUCUCGAUCCUCUUGGAUCCGUGAUUCUGCUUUCCAAUGUUGUGUUAAGUGACUCCAGCGCAACCAUGACUUCUCCAAUGGCGGCUGCGAGCCAUGCCACGGACGAUGAGAUCGCCAUGGAGAAGAAUGCUGGUCUCAUCAUGGGCACCAAUAAUAGCAGUAUAGUCUCGAAGAGGAGUGUGGAACGACUAUACCUGCCUCAGCCGCAUUUUUAUCGAUAUUUUGUUAAAAAGCCCCAACGCAGAGCACCAACGAUCAAUCGUGGAUAUUGGCUUCGCAUGCGAGCUAUUGAUUGGGUGAUUAGGCAUUUCUUAGAAAAGCCUUCUGACCAGAGAAAGGUCAUUAUAAACCUCGGUUGCGGAUAUGAUCCAGUCCCAUUUCAGUGGAUGGCACAGGAGCCCGAAUUGUGCAGCGGCACUAAGUUCAUUGACAUCGAUUUCGAAGAGCUCAUGAUCAGCAAGCGGGAGAUCAUUCUCAACACGCCCAAGAUGAGAGAUAUGCUUUCCGUCAAUGACCUCCCGCUCGAGAAAGGAAUACUUCUGGAUAGCGAAGAAUAUGUUGCCAUUGGCUGCGACUUGCGGAACUUGCGACGACUGGAACGGUUACUUAGGUCGGUAGUAGACCUUGAUGACUGUCUGGUGCUUUGCCUGGCUGAGGUCAGCAUAACCUACAUGGACGGAGAGGACUCGGAUGCGCUCAUUGCCUGGAGCAGCACACUAAGUCCAGAUGUCACCUUCUGUUUGUUGGAGCAGCAAUCGCCCGACCGACCUGACAAUCCAUUCACGGCUGCUAUGCUGAAACACUUUGCUAAACUUGGCACGCCUCUCCGGUCCGUCCUCAAGUAUCCCGGGUGCCAUACUCAAACUUUGCGGUUCCAAGGCGCUGGCUUCCACAUGGUUGAGACGCAAAACUUGUGGGAAUUAUGGGCUGAUCCGAGGUUUCUGUCUCCAUCGCAGCGAAUAUCCUUGGAUGAAGUCGAACCAUUCGAUGAAUGGGAAGAGUUCGCGUUAUUUGCUUCGCAUUAUGGGCUCAUCAUAGCACAAACUGGUGACGACCCACUCAUUCCGGAACAAGGCCGAUCCAGACGGGCGUCUAUCGAUAGUUUCGCAUCCGAUCUCUCGACAAGGACAGUCUCACCUUACAAAGGAUUGACACAAUUUUUUGCUUUCAAGUAUACAGCUAAUCCCGAAAAGGACGGCAGGGUACAUCAUGGCUCGGCGUACCGCAUGCCAGGUGAAGACGCCAUUGCUUUACACGGCGGGAUAGGUCUUCAGAGCCGAUUGUCAAGCACAUCAGUGUAUGCUGCAACAGACGCACGGUAUACGCCAACGGGUCUGCCGCCGGAAGACAUCGGAGCCCGAUGUUGCCACACUAUAACGACUCUAGCGAACGGCCAGAAUGUACUGGUCGGAGGCCGUGGGUCGCCUUCCGCGCCCAUGAAAGACUGCUGGUUGCAAACUGGGUCGAAAUGGGAAAGAGUUCAGGACCUGCCCGAGCCACGAUAUCGACACCGAACAGCUUCUGUGGUGCUUCCCGAUAAUCAGUAUGGGAUUGUCGUCUUUGGUGGAAAAACAUCCGCCACCAAGGUCGCUGUAGAUUGCAUCCUCUGGGAUCGGAAGAACGGUUGGCAGAAGCUGAGGUCACUCGCUAAAGAUCCCAUGCCACGGUUCGGUGCGAGCUUUGUCAGACUUGGAUUCAAUCAUGGACUACUGUUCGGAGGAAUGCGCCACGAUGGCGUCAUCUGUCAAGGUCUAUGGAGAUGGAGGCUAACUAUUCGUGACAAUGUCGUCGCUGGUAUCACGUUCAAGCCCUCCACAGCCCUGGACACCUCUGCCGGUAUAUGGCCUUGGUUAUCUCGACUUGGCGCGUCUUACAGCGUCAUCAGGAACGAACUCUUAGUCAUUGGUGGAGUGGCCAAGCAUGGCUGUAUCCCCAAAGACUAUGAGAUCUUGUCCAUACUCGGCAGUUUCUCUGCUUUUGGCGAAUUUGAAAGGGAGAUGGAACUACGUGUCGCCUGCGUGUCACCAAGGAAGGACCCAAAUGUUCCCCGGCCUUUCCUGAUAGGACAUUCAACACAUCGUACAGCGAGUGCCGAUGAGACUACCUUGGUGGUGGGCGGGGGGGCGACAUGCUUCAGCUUUGGUGCGUACUGGAAUCCUGGCUGUUGGCUCUUAUACUACUUCGAGGCCGGUGACAUCUCACCGUGGGGUCUUGUCAAGCCAGCGGAAAGAAAAGCCUUGCCUAGCUCCCAGCCGGCACCUAAGGAAGGCUCCAUGCGACCCCUGACCUCUGUGGAAUGUGUCAGUCUGUGCUCCGAAGAAGAGUUCACCGGUAUCCUUCGCAAAGGGAUUCCCAAAAUCCUCACAUGUCUCGACCUCGGCCCGUGCACAUCUCAAUGGACACCAUCAUACCUGGUCUCCAAAACUCCGUCGUCCAAAUCCAUCGUCAUCCACGCUGCACCCAGUCGAACCAUGAACUUUCAGCGCAAAGACUUCGCCUACACAACCGUCUCCUUCCACAACUUCAUCCAGCAACUUGAAACCAACCCGAACGCACACCUAUACCUACGCUCCAUAUCCAGCACGAAACCGACACAACUUCCCACCUCGUUCUCGACAGACUGGCCCGAGAUAGCACCGGACUUCCACCUCCCGUCUCCUCUCAACUUCAUAGGCCGAAACCAACAUAGCAGCCCGAUACGCAUCAGCGCCAACGUCAACAUGUGGCUGCACUACGACGUGAUGGCCAACGUCCUCUUCCAGAUCCGCGGCACCAGGAAACUCAUACUCUUCCCGCCCGAAGACAUUAAACACCUGUCCUUCCCUCCCGGAUCGACCACCUCGAUCAUCGACAUCCUGGAGCCGGCCGAGAAUCCAGACGCAGAAGAAGACCGCCUCAAACCCAUCCCAAACACCCACCCUCACAUAGCCAUUCUAAGACCCGGUGAAGCACUCUUCAUUCCUCCACUAUGGUCCCACACAGGCACGCCCUUGUCCGCGGGACAAUCACAAUCAAAAUCCCAGUCUCAACCUCAACCCACAGAAACACCUCAACCCCAAUCAGAUCCAGCAUCAUCCCGCAUCAACAUCUCCCUGAACAUCUUCUUCCGCUCCUUCUCCGCCUCAGCCUACCAAGCGGGCCGCGACGUCUACGGCAACCGCGAUCUCGCCGCCUACGAGGAUGGAAGGCGCGAUCUAGACAGAAUCGUCCGGCGUUUCUUGUCCACGACUCCAAGCGCUAGCAACCAGGCUGCAGCGCAGAACGGUAACACAACCGUACCCAUCACUGGUCCCGAAGCAUCCGCUCCAGAUACCCAAGAUCCUGGUCUCCAGGCCGGAAUCCCCAAGGCCAUUGCGAAAGCCUAUAUAGAGAGACUGGUCGACGAGCUUAGAGAACGUGCCGAACGGUUAUGAUAUUGACUCGGCCUUUUCACACAUCAUAGAUAAAUAAUUGAUACUAUAGCAUAGCACAUGGCGAGGUUGUCUUUCUACAGUUACAGGGACAUGUAACAUCACCACUUCACGCGUCUCAGAACAGUUGCAGGAGCAGAGUCUAAUAGAAAAUACUAUUGUAAUAUAAAG